UUCAGAGUUUGCAUCAGUGAACCAUUUAGUUGCACUUGUUUCUAUGAUGGCACUCAAGAUGAACUUGAUCAUAUUCUCCAGUAUUUUGGUCAUGGCAUUUGGUGCUUCAUUGGAUAACGUAUUUUCAUCAAACUUUCUUCCGUUUUCGGGAUUUCCUGCUUUCAGAACGAAUCAAUUCCAAAACAAUGUACCAAUCUUACGUUACAGCAAUGACAACAAUGAAGACGGAAACUACAGGUAUGCCUAUGAAACAGGAAAUGGAAUAUCUGUUCAAGAAACCGGACAUUUCUCCCCAUCUGUGCCUGAAGGGGGUGCAAUUGUGGCUAAUGGUGGAUUUGCAUUCACCGGAACUGAUGGGCAAACCUACAGUAUUUCUUACACAGCUGAUGAGAACGGCUUCCGACCAGUUGGGGCGCAUAUUCCAACACCACCUCCCAUUCCAGAAGCUAUCGCUCGGUCAUUAGCAGGAAUAGCCAGAAGUUCGUAUACUCCCGAUAACGGUCAAUAUCAAUAUCAACCUUACUUUGGCGGUUAUAGGAACUAUUAGUUUCAUAAGGCUUGGUUUUUAUCCUGAUUGAUUGACGUGUUUAUGUAAUUGUCUGAAUAAAAUGCAUGCAAAUUA